AUGCAGCUGACAAGGGCCGCCGCAGGUCGCCCUGCAGCGGCGCUGCUGCUGCUGCUGCCGCUGCCGGCGCUGCCGCGUCCUGCUGCACUCGCCCUGCGAGCAGCAGCAAGGGGGGCCCCGGGGGCCCCUGGGGGCCCCCCUAGUGCCCUUUUGUCCCCGGAGCUGCUGCCGCUGGCGCUGCUUGGCUCCAGUUGGAGCCGCCGGGGAAAAGCAGCAGCAGCAGCAGCAGCAACAACAACACCAGCAGCAGCAGCAGCAGCAGCAACAACAACACCAGCAGCAGCAGCAGCAACAACAACACCAGCAGCAGCAGCAGCAGCAACAACAACACCAGCAGCAGCAGCAGCAACAACAACACCAGCAGCAGCAGCAGCAACAGCAGCAGCACGGGAGGCAGGGUUCAAAAAAGCAGCAGCAGCGGCGAUUCGACCAGCAGCAGCAGCAACUAGAAACCCAGUAACAGCAGCAGCAGCAGCAACAGCAGCAGCGAGCCCGGCAGCAGCAGCAGCAGCAGCAGGCAGUCCAGCAGCAGCAGGAGCAACAGCAACUCCAGCAGCAGGCAGCAGCAGCAGCACCAGCACCAGCAUCCCCGCCACCAGCAGCAGCAACAGCAAACCCAGCAGCAGCAGCAGCAGCAGCAGCAGAGAAUGCUUAUGUUGCUGUUUUGCUGCUAGCUGGGGGCAGCGGCCGCCGCUGCGGGGGCCCUUUGCCGAAGCAGUUUCAGCCGCUGCUGCAGAGUGCAGAUGCAGCAAACAUUUCAGCAGCAAAGCUUCUGACCCUCAGCAGCAGCAGCAGCAGCAGCAGCAGCAGCAGCAUGGGCGGAGAGGCCUGGGGACCCCACUUUAUGGUGAUGGUGUUGCCGCAGCAACACAGACACAGACUAAGGCCCCUCUGCACACGCUUUCAGCAGCAGCAGCAGCAACAGAAUCAGCAGCAGCAACGGAAGCAGCAGCAGCAACAGCAGCAGCAGCAGAACCUUGUGAGCUGCUGUUUGCGCAGCCAGGAGGGCAGCGGUUUGAGUCGGUAUGGCAUGGCCUAGAAGCACUGUGCCUGCACCUGCUGCAGCAGCAGCAACAGCAGCAGCAGCAGCAGCAGCUGCAACAGCAGCAGCAGCAACAGCAGCAGCAGCAACAGCAGCAGCAGCACAUCGACACGGCUGGAGAUUCGCCUGCAGACCGCAGGCAACGAGCCCUGUACUAUUUGCUGGCCCUGACGCAGCAGCAGCAAGAACAGCAGCAGCAGCAACAGCAGCAGCAGCAGCAGCAGCAGCCGAGCAACGUGUAUGUGCUCGUGCACGACGCUGCUCGUCCCUGCCUGUCGGUGGCAGCAGCAAGGUUGUUCACCUUCGCGGCCUUCCUCCUCACCCUUCUCAACGGCAUCUUCAAGUUGUUUUCGCUGCAGCAAGAACAGCAGCAGCUGCAGCAGCAGCAGCAGCUGCUGCUGCAGCAGGGGCAGCAGCAGCCUCAAGAGCAGCAGCAGCCGCAGCUGCUGCUGCAGCAGAGGCUGGAGAGAAUUGAACGCACACUGCAAGGAAUAACAGAUGAUGUGUCUUUGCUGGAGCUGCUGCCAACAGCAGCAGCAGCAACAGCAGCAGCAACAGCAACAGCAGCAGCGAGCGCAGCAGCAGCAGGAAGGGACAAUAAGGACGAAACAGAACAGAGAACAAGACCAGCCACAGCAGCAGCACCAGCACCAGCAGCAGCAAAUGGCGCGCGUGCUGCUGUGGUGCUGGAAGCAGAAGGCAGCAAUCUAAAGAUUACAAGAGCUCAUGAUGUUGCUGCUGCUGCUGCGCUGCUGCAGCAAGAAGCAAGGACGCCGCAGGCAGCACCUUGGCUGAGCCUGCUGGGGCUCCAGAGCAGCAGCAGCAGCAGCAGCAGCAGUGGCGACAGCAGCAGUAGCAGCAGCAGUGGCGACAGCAGCAGUAGCAUGGGUGCGCUGGGGGACAGGAAUGCGGGACGGAACUGUGGAGUUUCAGAAAGUGAUGGUCUUCUCCACAGCUUCGCAGCUGCUCACCAUUCUCCUCACUCUCAGCUUCGCCAACCUCUUCUGGUCUGCGUUUAUUAG